AUGCGACUAUCCGAGCUGCCCUCCGGCAUCAUCGCCCUGAUCCUCUCCAGCCAACUGGCCUCCGCCUUCUACCUCCCUGGCCUCACGCCGACCAACUACCGCCGCGACGACUUGGUCCAACUCAAUGUCAAUCGCCUCACACCUUCGCAGUCGCAGCGGGAGAGACAAAUUACCUCAGCAUUCUCGUUCGACUACUACCACCAUGCCUUCAACUUCUGCGAGCCCAAGGACGGCGUGUCCUCCGCCUCGGAGUCGCUCGGAAGCAUCCUGUUUGGAGAUCGCAUACAGAGUUCGCCGUUCGAGCUGCAUAUGGCGAAGAAUGAGACGUGCAAGGCGGUGUGUGACGAGGUGACGUUUGAGCCGAGGGAUGCGAAGUUUGUGAAUAGAAGGAUAUGGCAGGAUUACAAGGUAAACAUGCUUGUCGAUGGUCUACCGGUUGGGCAGGAUUUCAUUGACCAAGACACGGGGACCGAAUUCUAUCAGCCUGGAUUCUUGCUGGGGAAGGUCGAGAACGAGAAGCCACAACUCCAUGACCACUUCAACUUCCUCAUCGAUUACAACGAGUUCAAGAAGGGCCAGUACCGGGUGGUGGGCAUUCAGGUCGAGCCAGAAUCUCUCGGCGAGUCGAAGCGUACGGGCACUGGCGGCGACUUCUCCGCCGAUUGCGGCAAUGCAGCUGUUCCGAAACGGUUGUCCGAGACGGGCAAUACCAAGGUCACCUGGACUUAUAGCGUAUACUGGCGACCUUCACGAACCACAUUCGCAACGCGCUGGGACAAGUUCUUGCAUGUCUAUGACCCGAAGAUCCAUUGGCUGGCUUUGGUCAACAGCGCCGUCAUUUUCACAUUCUUGGUCGGCAUCGUGAGCACGAUCCUACGACGCACGCUGAGGAAGGAUAUUGCGCGGUAUAACCGGCUUGACCAACUCGGCUUGGACGAUCUGGGCGACAAUGGGGUUGAAGACGGCGUGCAAGAGGACAGCGGCUGGAAGCUCAUACACGGCGAUGUGUUCAGGCCGCCGAAGAAUGGUCUCAUGCUGGCUGUAUUGGUCGGCAACGGAGCUCAGCUUUUCACAAUGACUGGAUUUACGAUCGCCUUUGCGCUCGUUGGAUUUCUCUCGCCAAGCAACCGCGGCAGUCUGGCUACGGUGAUGAUUUUGCUCUACACCUUCCUAGGAUUCAUCGGCGGAUACACCAGCUCCCGUAUCUACAAAGACUUCGGCGGCACCAAGUGGAAGCAGCUUUUGACCUACACGCCUUCGGUCGUCCCGAUUGUUGUCUUCGGCACUUUCUUCCUGCUGAACUUGUUCGUCUGGGCACGCCACUCCUCCGGCGCCGUCCCCUUCACCACCAUGCUCGUCAUCAUUGGGAUCUGGUUCUGCAUCUCCGUCCCGCUCAGUCUGGCAGGCUCCUGGGUCGGUUUCCGGCAACCCAUGCGCGACCAUCCCGUGAAGACGAAUCAGAUUCCUCGCCAAAUCCCUCCCGCGACCGGGUAUCUGCGCCCUGUACCGAGUAUGCUGGCUGUUGGGAUCCUGCCGUUCGGCGCCAUUUUCAUCGAGCUGUUCUUCAUCAUGAACAGCCUAUGGUCAAACAGGAUCUAUUACAUGUUCGGCUUCCUGUUCCUCAGCUUUGGAUUGCUCAUCGUCACCAGCGCCGCCGUCACCAUCAUGAUGAUCUACUUCGUGCUCUGCGCGGAGAACUAUCACUGGCAGUGGCGGGCUUUUGCGAGCAGUGGUGCGAGCGCUGGAUACGUGUUUGCUUAUUGCCUUCUAUACUGGGCAAGGCAACUCAGCUUCAGUAGCCUCACGGGUGGCUUGCUGUAUCUGGGCUACUCGCUGCUUAUCUCGUUCCUAUGGUUUGUGAUGACUGGGACAAUUGGAUUCACGGCGACGUGGAUCUUCGUGCACCGCAUCUAUGGCUCUCUCAAGAUCGACUGA